AUGACUACUUUACAAAAGUUUUUUGGAAAAAAGGCCAGCCCGGAGGAAAUGGUGAGGAAAUGGCAAAGAGACAUUCGGAAUGAAAUGCGCUCGCUGGACCGUACAAUAACGAAAACUGAAAUUGCGGAGAAACAAGCGAUAAAAGACUUGAGACAAGCCGCACAAAAAAAUGAUGUAAAAAGUUGUAAAAUAUUUGCCAAGGGACUUGUUGGAAUAAGAAAACAAAAACAAAAGUUACAUACGGGUAAAGCGCAGUUGAAUUCGAUUAAUUUACAGCUUCAACACCAAUUGGGUUUGCUUGGAGAGAUUAACGAGGUUAACGUCCCACAUGAGACUGUCGUCAAAGAAGAAGAGGAACCAGAACUUGACGAAAUGCAGGCCAGAUUAUUGGCACUGAAAUCUUAA